AUGGUAGGGUGUGGAAUUGAAGUGUUAGGGAUAAGCGAGACCAGAUGGAAAGGGAUGGGAUCAAGAACACUGCAAGGUAGUGAGAGGGUGGCGUACGUGGGAGAUGAGGGAGUGCAAUAAAGAGGAGUCCCCAUCAUGAUGAGUGUGAGGACAAAGAGAGCCUCAAUAGAUGGAUGCCAAUCUGCAUGAGGACCAUUAAGGCAAGAUUCUACUCAAAACACAAAAGCUAACGGUAAUAAAAGCAUAUGUACCAACAGACGAUGCGAUGGACGAGGAAAAGGAUGAAUUUUACAAUCAACUGCGAGACUCUGUUGCACGCUGCAGUGGUCAUGACCUCUGUGGUACGAAUGGCUUAGUUGUAAAUGGAACAGUUUCCCACAUAAAGAGAUCCAUUAGCUGACCUGGAAGUCACCAGGUGGGAAGACUGUUAACCAGCUCGACCAUGUCUUUGUGAAUGGACGCAUGAGAACAUCGAUUCUGGACACAAGAGUGAUGGGAGGAGCAGACAUAUAUGGUGACUACUACCUGGUGAGAGCCAGAAUGAGACUAAAGUUGGCAAAGGCGCAUGGGAAGUAGAAAACAAGUGUGAGAUUUGACGUGUGUUAGUUGCAAAGUGAAGAGAUCAGGAGGAGAUAUAACAUUAAAGUGAAAAACAGGUUUGCAACGAUAUGAGAUAUAGAAAAUUCAAAGGAAGCACGACAAAAUCAUGGUAACGUACAGAGAUGCCGCAUAGAAAGUUAUUGGAAGGUAAAAAAGGAGAGCAAGCCAUGGAUAGGAGACACGACUUGGGGAAAAGUUCAGGAGGGGUAAGACGCAAAACUUAAUAUAGAGGGUGCGAGAUUGGAAGGACUUGAACAGCGAUAGAGAAAGGAGUAUAGUGCAAAAGAAAAGGAAGUGAAAGAGAGUGCUAGGGAGGAUAAGAGGAAUUGGUUGGAGGAAAGGGCUACAGCAACAGACAAGGCCGCUGAGAAUGGUAGAAACGAGGAGCUAAACAGCAUAACCAAGACAAUAGCCGGGAACAGAGGAGGCGAGAAUUGCGUGUGAAAGACAAACUGGGGGUGCAUAAGACAGAAUCACAAGAAAGAUUGCAGAGCUGGGUAGAGAACUUGAGUAAAAUUUUAAACAGAGAUGACCCCACAAAUCCGGUGGAAGAGAAAGAAGAAACAGAAGAACUGGAGUAG